AUGAGGCUUCAAUUGCUAAUUAUAUUCCUAGCGUUGUUAAGCUUAAGUGACUCAGCUAAAUUAAAAUGUAUUGAUAUUACUUCAAACAUGUUUGAAACUCUUAAACCUUUACCACCAAGUAAUGGCCCGGUUACUCGGUGUUACAAUUUAAAAUUAAUAACAAAAAAGAUGACACCUGAUGGAUCUACACAUCUUGUGCGGACUGUUAACGGGCAAUAUCCUGCCCCGAUAAUUCAAGCAAACCAUGGAGAUAGACUUAUAGUUAACGUAAUAAACAAAUUGGGGGAACCUUCUACAAUCCAUUGGCACGGUAUAUUUCAAACAGGCACAAACUUUUAUGAUGGAGUUCCAGGCAUAACACAGUGUCCGAUCCCUAACCAUGGUAGCUUUACCUACAAUUUUACCGUUAAUCAAUAUGGAACCUUUUGGUACCAUUCACAUUUCUCGGGUCAACUUGUUGAUGGUCUCAAAGGUUCAUUAAUAAUUCACAAUCAUAAAGAUCCAUACCUUAAAAAAUACGAUUACGAAUAUGUGAUAACAUUAUCAGAAUGGUAUCACCUUCCAUCCGAUGAGAUUGCACCAAUUAUUCUUUCUCCUAGUUAUCGAGGAGGUGAUCCUAUCCCUAGUUCUGGUGAAAUAAGUGGCAAAGGACAAUAUAAUUGUGCUUUUGCAUCUAAAAAUUCAUCAUGUAAUCCGAAUAACGGAGUCGCCACAUAUAAAGUUAAAAAGGGUAAAAAAUACAGAUUUAGAAUUAUUAAUAUGAGUGGGUCAACUCAUUAUAUAUUUUCGAUUGAUGAACAUCCACUUACACUUAUUGAAGUUGAUGGUCAUUUAAUAAAAGAAGUCACUCUAAAAACAAUUCCAAUUCAUACUGCACAACGAUAUUCAGUAAUUCUUAAUGCUAAUAAGCCAGUUAAAAAUUAUUAUAUUCGUGCAAAACUUACAAUUUGCACACCCAUUAAUAAUCAAACUUUAAAUUAUAAUUAUUUAUUAAAUCCUAAUGUUGUGGGAAUUUUAAAAUAUGAAGAUGCAAAAGAUAAAACUCCUGAUUCGAAAGCUUAUCCGUUAAAUGGAUCAGAUGAAUGUACAGAUGUGAAUCCAAAUAUUUUAAAACCAUAUAAAAUAAACCCUCCUAAAAUUGCUACUCAUAAGAUUGAUUUAGUGAUUUCUUUUGGCAAGUUACCAACGACUGGAUCAAUUGCUUUUAUUAAUAACUCAAGCUUUGUGUCUAAUUUUAAUUAUCCGACAAAUCGAAAAAUUAUUAAUAAUUUAAAUGUAGCCAAAUUUCCAAAAUAUGAAAAUGCUUUUGCGUAUGAUUGCUACACUAAGGAUUGUAAAAAUGACGCUGUUGAUAUCUAUAUUAGAGCUAACACUAGUCGUUCUCAUCCGUUUCAUUUAGUAAGCAAUCAAACUGGCAUUGAACCUCCAGAUCCAUCAAAAUUUAAUUUACUUGAUCCUGCUUAUCGUGAUACAGUAACUGUUCAAGGAAAUAGUACAACUGUAAUACGUUACCCAAUGGACAAUCCUGGUGUAUGGCUUAUGCAUUGUCAUAUGCAUUGGCACUUAAUGAAAGGUAUGGCCUUACAAUUAAUUGAACGAAAAUCAAUAAUUACGAAUAUGACAGUACCAGAGGAUAUCUUUGCACAAUGUGCAGGUUAG